AUGUCGUUCAAGGCGCUGCUCUACGUAUACGUGCUCGGUGGAGUAACAUUUAUCCCGUUGCUCAUCCUCGGAGCCAUCGUCUACACCAUCUACACCUCCGUCCCAGUCGAGGAUAUCAACAAGGAGAAGGCCACGCAACAAGUCAAAGAGCACGCGGACGCGGACGCGGAGCGCGAGGAUGCGGAGCCCUCAGCGACCGGUGCGCAGGCGGAAGUGAACGACCUCCCGAAAGUGCGCAAGGGCUGGCUCACCGUGCGCCGGACGUUCCACCAGACGCCGUCGGAGGCGUCGUACGUAGGCAUGGUGCGCGGCUUCCUGGAUGCGCGCUCCAAGGACGCGAAGCGCUCGCGUCCGAAGGACAUGUGGUACGUCGUGCUGAAGGGCAAGAUACUCUACCUCUAUGAGGAUGAGCUCAUGACCGAGUGCGAGGCCGCCAUCGAGCUGGGCAGCCAUGAGGUUCUCAUCUAUCCCGAGGGCCAGCCGGACGGCGAGCUCUUUGCGCGGCGGAAUGCGAUCUGCCUCAGACCCAAGAUGCCGCUGCUGCACCAGGAGAUGCCGAAUAUUACGAAAGAGAUGGAGAUGGAGGACGAGGAUGUUGAGGAGAAGGUGGAGGAGAAGGGCGGAGGUGCGAAACAUAAGCAGAAGGAGCGGGAACGACUGGUGGAGAACGAGAAGCAGCGGGAGGAGGCUCGGGAGGAAGCACUGGACAUCUCGACGCCCUGGUUCAUCUUCGUCCGCUCCAUCGUGGACAUGGAAGACUGGUAUCAUGCUCUGUUACACGCGUCUGACCAUCCAGCGAACUGCCCGAUGCUCCCUCCUCUCGAGCCAGUGUUCCAGCCGGCUGAUAUGCUACACCUUGUCUCCACUCUGGACGAACAGCCAGACGUGAUCCCGAUGCGAUGGCUAAACGCGCUUCUUGGGCGCGUAUUCUUCAGCUACUAUCGCACACACAAGCUGGAGAAGUACAUCAUAGGUCGGUUGAUGAAGAAGAUAUCUAGAAUCAAGCGGCCCACGUUCCUCUCAGACAUAGUCGUCAGGGAGGUAUCCGUGGGGAACAAGACGCCGACAUUGAGCAAACCCAUGCUGAAGGAGUUAACCAAGGAGGGCGAUGCGGCAUUGGAGCUCCAUCUGCAUUACAAGGGCGAAUUCCGCAUCACCGUGGAAGCCACCGCCACCAUCAACUUGGGUGCACGUUUCAAAUCGUACACCGUCAAGCUGGUUUUGGCGUUGGUGCUAAGGGAAAUCGAGGGAAACUUGCUCCUCAAGGUGAAGCGGCCACCAAGCAGUCGGAUCUGGUAUGCAUUCACACAAAUGCCGAGGAUUGUCUUGGACGUCGAGCCGGUCGUGAGCGACCGUCAGAUUACGUGGAGCAUGAUACUGAGUACUAUUCAGUCGAGGGUGAGGGAGGUGAUUCAGGAAUCAAUAGUGCUGCCCAACAUGGACGAUAUCUCGUUCUUCGAGAGCACAAAGUACCAGCGCCGCGGGGGAAUUUGGGCAGAUGCUUCUCGUCACGAGCAACCGAAACCACCAUCCUCAUUUUCUCCACCUCUCACUCUUCCAAGCGAAGGCCGUUCAAUGGCAUCUGCGCAAGUACCAGACGCAGCAAAAGGCAUACCGCUCACCACUGAGCUGCCGCAAAUGCAGCGGUCUCAGUCCGCUGUGGAGCCUCAGACGGAAGGAGAAUCUUCAGGACCUCCGGAGGGUGUUCCGAUGCGUGCUACCGUCUCAGGUGUAACGACGUCCACACCUGCUAUGUCGCCUCCACGGCGUAGGUCAUGGUUCGGUGCUGUGGCCGGAGACGAAUCGGAAGCGUCUAGCAGUAAACUGAAUCCAGAUGCGAGCUACGACGGGAUCCAGAGGGGUAGAUCUUCCGGGGCGGACAGCAUCUCGGCGCGCAGGUCCGUUUCCAACCCGAUCCAUGUCACCGAAGACACAUCGGACGGUUUCACUCCGCAAGCGCUGGACGGCGGCGACGGCGGUGACUCACUCGCGCCAAGUCUUGCUCGCCGGACGUCGUCGCAUCGCUCUCAUUCUUAUUCCUCGUCUUCGCGGGAUGCGUCGUCGCCACCGUCUUCGGAUGAGGAGUCCCCCGCUCCUUCGGUCCGUUCCAGCAUUAUGGGGAACCGUGGCGUGCGGACGAACGGUUCCGUACAUAAUGCACCUGCUAGUCCAACAGCGUCUUCGUUCCUGCAGACUCUCAAGUCUCGUGCGGGAGAUAAACAGGCGCUCAGCAAUACGGCCAAGGAGGCGAUGCGCAAAUGGGGUGUAAACUGGGGUGGGUUGCGGCGCGAGAGCAACGGAAACACGAGCAGCGGAAAUGCGAGCGGUCGAGACGAUGCUGACAACGCGGAUCCGCAGCACCUGCCAGAACCAAGGACGCAUAGGCCAAGACCCAGUUACGCUGAGGUCCGGGCUACUGUCGAGCAACGACGGGAGCGCGGGCUCUCUUCGGAGCAGACGCUGGGAGCCGAUCUUCGCGCAUCCGACCCGAUUCCAAUACCGCAGAACGGGAAGGGGAAGGAGCGCGAGCGUAGUGUCUCUCCCUCUCCGUUACUGGAUAACGCGGGAUCCUCGGUUCAUUCUACUGGUGGUUUAUCAACGUCCACCCCGCCGCAGCCAGGUGCAGGUGCCCGAUCGACUUCUAUACCAAGGUCCGUCUCUCCGUCACUGGCCUUGCAGCGAAGCGAGUCGCACAAGUCGAACGAUGAAGAGGAGCCGCAUUUGCCCAUUCACACGCAGCCACCCCAAGCGAGGACGAUGACCAUUCCAGGCAUACAUGCGAGUCAUCGCGGAGAGGUCAUGUCGAUGGGCUAUGCUCCACCACCACCGCCCCCCAAUGUACCGUCGGAGACAAGGAAGGCGCCUGCCAUCCAGAGCGUGUACCGUCUCUGGAAGAACCCCAACGCGCCUUCUUCCAGUCCACCGCCACGUGGGACAGAGUCUGCACCUGAAACGCUCUCUGGGUCCGGCGGACAUGACCAGGACCCUGCGCUGUCACCACCCGAAGCCCAAGCUGACGCGCCUCCGCCACCACGCCCCGUUCCUCCCCCUCUUCCCCCACGCACGAACUCCGCACACGCUCUGCUGGCGAAGGCUGACGUGGUCAGGCGCGCGGCUGAGGCAGAUCCGUCGGUGUCACCUGCCUCGGCAGCGUUACAAUCAAUCGUGUCGAAGGACAGGAGCAAACGGUCGUCGCUUGAACGUCCUGCAGUUGCAGGGGCGAGUGCACCGUCAUCACCUGGCCCGUCGGGUCCAGAGGGCGCGUCCGACUCGGGGUCGGCUUCGCCUCCUUCCAUGCCGGUCGACCCUGCUUCCUCCGCAGCCCCCGUGCAAAAGCUUAGCCCAGUGCCGCCCGCCCUUCCGCCAAGGAGGAACAUGAACUCUGCCCCCGCAGCGUUAUCGUGA